GAGAUUUAUCGGCAGCCAUCUUCUUGGGGGUGCUGGGAGCCGGGAAGACCCCCCGAAUCGUUCCCAUUGAGCUGCCCUUCGUCUUCGCUUUCUUUACUUUUGCCUCUUGCGUUGCCAACAAGCACCUAGUCCCGAAGCUGAGAGGAAGCCCGGGUCUAAGCGCGUUUCGCGCUCCCGGUUCGGGAAGACUCGCUGGGGAGUAGGGUAGGGGGAGGGCCCGGGCAAACCGUUGCUGCCUCAGCCCAGGCCGGGGUCCGGGAAGGGGGAGCUCCUAGCACCCCGAGGACUCGCGGCCUGCGGCGAUCCUCCGCGGAGCUGUUCGCCGAUCGGGGCUCGCGGGAACCUGCCACCGGCGCCUCCCACCGCGGCCCGCGCGGGCGGCGCGCGGAGGAGGGGGCGGGGGCAGCGGCGGCCGUAGCGGCUGCGACCUGGGCGGGCGGAGGAGUGUGACGGGCCUCGGGGCCCCUGUGGAUGGUUUCUAAAAUGAUCAUUGAAAACUUCGAGGCACUCAAGUCCUGGCUCAGCAAGACUCUCGAACCCAUCUGUGAUGCAGAUCCAUCAGCCCUAGCAAAAUAUGUUCUGGCUUUGGUAAAGAAAGACAAAAGUGAAAAAGAGUUAAAGGCAUUAUGUAUUGAUCAGCUGGAUGUAUUUCUUCAAAAAGAGACACAGAUAUUUGUGGAAAAACUUUUUGAUGCUGUGAAUACAAAAAGUUAUCUACCUCCUCCAGAGCAGCCAUCAUCAGGAAGCCUGAAGGUAGAGUUUUUUCAGCACCAAGAAAAAGAUAUAAAAAAAGAAGAGAUUACAAAAGAAGAAGAGCGAGAGAAGAAGUUUUCCAGAAGGCUAAAUCACAGUCCUCCCCAGUCAAGUUCCCGAUACAGAGAAAAUAGAAGUCGUGAUGAGAGGAAAAAAGAUGAUCGUUCUCGCAAAAGAGAUUAUGAUCGAAACCCUCCUCGAAGAGAUUCAUACAGAGACCGGUACAAUAGAAGACGAGGGCGAAGUCGCAGUUACAGCAGGAGUCGAAGUCGGAGUUGGAGUAAAGAAAGGCUUCGCGACAGAGAUAGAGAUAGAAGCAGGACUAGAAGCAGAAGCAGAACACGAAGCAGGGAAAGGGAUCUAGUAAAACCUAAAUACGACCUGGAUAGAGCAGAUCCAUUAGAAAAUAAUUAUACUCCAGUGUCUUCGGUACCCAAUAUCUCUUCUGGCCACUAUCCUGUACCUACUUUGAGCAGCACCAUUACCGUAAUUGCACCCACUCAUCAUGGUAAUAACACUACUGAAAGUUGGUCUGAAUUUCAUGAAGACCAGGUGGACCAUAACUCUUUUGUAAGACCACCAAUGCCAAAGAAAAGGUGUAGAGACUAUGAUGAAAAGGGUUUUUGUAUGAGAGGAGACAUGUGCCCUUUUGAUCAUGGAAGUGACCCAGUAGUUGUAGAAGAUGUCAAUCUUCCUGGCAUGUUGCCUUUCCCAGCACAGCCUCCUGUUGUUGAAGGACCACCUCCUCCUGGACUCCCCCCACCUCCACCAAUUCUUACACCCCCGCCUGUGAAUCUCAGACCCCCAGUGCCACCUCCAGGUCCAUUACCACCCAGUCUCCCACCUGUAACAGAUGAUAUUUCUUAUUCUUUGGUUUUGACAGGACCACCACCUCCACUUCCUCCUUUGCAGCCAUCUGGCAUGGAUGCUCCCCCAAACUCUGCAACCAGUUCUGUUCCUACUGUAGUAACAACUGGCAUUCAUCACCAACCUCCUCCUGCUCCACCCUCUCUUUUUACUGCAGUUUUUGUAUUACCAGAUACAUAUGACACAGAUGGCUACAAUCCUGAAGCCCCAAGCAUAACAAACACUUCCAGACCUAUGUAUAGACACAGAGUGCAUGCACAAAGGCCUAACUUGAUAGGACUAACAUCAGGGGAUAUGGAUUUACCACCAAGAGAAAAGCCUCCUAAUAAAAGCAGUAUGAGGAUAGUAGUGGAUUCAGAAUCAAGGAAAAGAACCAUAGGUUCCGGAGAGCCUGGAGUUCCUACAAAGAAGACUUGGUUUGAUAAGCCAAAUUUUAAUAGAACAAACAGCCCAGGCUUCCAGAAGAAGGUUCAGUUUGGAAAUGAAAAUACCAAACUUGAACUUAGAAAAGUUCCUCCAGAAUUAAAUAAUAUCAGCAAACUUAAUGAACAUUUUAGUCGAUUUGGAACAUUGGUUAACUUACAGGUUGCAUAUAAUGGUGAUCCUGAAGGUGCCCUUAUCCAAUUUGCAACAUACGAAGAAGCAAAGAAAGCAAUAUCGAGUACAGAAGCAGUUUUAAAUAAUCGCUUUAUUAAGGUUUAUUGGCACAGAGAAGGAAGCACCCAGCAGUUACAAACUACUUCUCCAAAGGUAAUGCCACCUUUAGUCCAGCAGCCCAUUUUGCCUGUUGUGAAGCAGUCAGUUAAAGAGCGACUGGGCCCGGUACCUUCAACUACUGUUGAACCAGCAGAAGCCCAGAGUGCUAGUUCAGACCUUCCUCAGAAUGUAACUAAGUUAUCUGUGAAGGACAGGUUGGGUUUUGUAUCAAAGCCAUCUGUUUCAGCAACUGAAAAGGUAUUGUCUACAUCUACUGGCCUAACAAAAACAGUGUAUAAUCCAGCUGCUUUGAAGGCUGCACAAAAAGCCUUACUUGUUUCCACCCCUGCAGUUGAUAAUAAUGAAGCACAGAAAAAAAAACAGGAGGCACUGAAACUGCAGCAGGACGUAAGGAAAAGGAAACAAGAAAUUUUAGAAAAGCACAUUGAAACACAGAAGAUGUUGAUUUCAAAGUUAGAGAAAAAUAAAGCAAUGAAGUCUGAAGAUAAAGCAGAAAUAAUGAAGACUUUAGAGGUUUUGACAAAAAAUAUUACCAAGUUGAAAGAUGAGGUGAAAGCUACUUCUCCUGGACGUUGUCUUCCAAAAAGUAUAAAAACCAAGACUCAGAUGCAGAAAGAAUUACUUGACACAGAAUUGGAUUUAUAUAAGAAGAUGCAAGCUGGGGAAGAAGUCACUGAACUUAGGAGAAAGUAUACAGAAUUACAGCUGGAAGCUGCGAAACGAGGGAUUCUUUCAUCUGGUCGGGGUAGAGGAAUUCAUUCAAGAGGUCGAGGUGCCACUCAUGGCCGAGGCAGGGGUCGAGGUCGUGGACGUGGUGUGCCUGGUCAUGCUGUGGUGGAUCAUCGUCCUAGAGCAUUGGAGAUUUCAGCAUUUACAGAGAGUGAUAGAGAAGAUCUUCUUCCUCAUUUUGCGCAAUAUGGUGAAAUUGAAGAUUGUCAGAUUGAUGACUCUUCACUUCAUGCAGUAAUUACAUUCAAGACAAGAGCAGAAGCAGAAGCAGCUGCAGUUCAUGGAGCUCGUUUUAAAGGGCAGGAUCUAAAACUGGCAUGGAAUAAACCCAUAACUAAUAUUUCAGCUGUGGAAACAGAAGAUGUUGAACCUGAUGAAGAGGAACAGAGAGAGAUCAUCAUUGCCUGAAUUUAGUUUUGUGACUACAAGAGCAAGACCUGUUCCUGUCCGGAGACGACUGUUAAUGAUAAUAUCAUCCUAUCAUUUUGUUGCCCUUUAUCAAUUGAAUAGAUGUUUACAUGUACUAUAAUUAGCAUUUUAUCUUUACAGUACACCCGAGUCCAGAAGUAUCUGAAUGUGUGUUCUGUGUGACCUUAUUCAUAAAGGUUUUUUCCCCUUACUUUAUAGCCACUAUUUUUUUAAACACCUUAAAGAAGGAACAAGGCCUCUUAGUUUCCUAAUAUGAGUACAUUCAACCUCAGCCAAAUUGAGAAUUGUGUCUGGGAAAUCUAUAAAGCCAUGAUACUGUGUGUGUUCAUUAGCAUGAACAAUUUAUAAUGAAGAAAAUGAAUUAAAAAGUUAAGCAUAGUUUGGUUUUAAUUUUUUCUUGGUUUUAAGAUAUAUUUCUGAGAUUACAAGAGUCACUUAAAAUAAUUUUGAACAAAUGAGAUAUUUUUACACACUGUAAUGCUUGCCCAUUUCUUAAUGAAUAUACUUCAUUGCCAGCACCGCUUACCCAAAUAUUAUUUUUUUUUAAUUCUUAGCUCUUCAAAACAAGGAGAAUAAUUUUCUUUUUGAGUAAUAAAUGAUGAUCUGUGGAUUAUAAAUAUUGAAAGAGAUCUAUUAAAUGUCCAGUUUACACAGCUUUUCCUGUUUUCUUCACUUGUAAUCAAACAUCAAAAGAUGAUCAAAGAUGAGCAAAGGGAAAUAGUAUAAUGUGUCUAACAUUGUUAAAGACUAUAUAGUUUCAGCUGCUUUAAAAAGUGCUUAGUGCUUGGUUCAGUAGCACAUAUACUAAAAUUGGAAUGAUACAGAGAAGAUUAGCAUGGCUCAUGCUCAAGGAUAACACAAAUUCGUGAAGCGUUCCAUAUUUUAAAAAAUGUGUAUACAAAUUAUUUAUAAACAAUGGCUUAGAAUUACCAAGACUAUGAUUAAAUCUCAUGUACACUCAAUAUUUUUAAAAAAAUUUUCUCAGUAUUCCUUCAUAGAUUCUUAGGCAUUUGAGCACUCAAGUCUUUAUUAGGAAAGUGAAGUUACACUGAUUCUAUUCACCAUUUUUUUUAAGUUCAUCCAGACAUACUUUUUUUGUGUGCAAAGCUGACUAUUCUACAUUAUUUUCCCCUUGAAUAUGCAUCGUGAUUGUCUUAUAAAAAAUGAAGAGAAUGUAAUAAACAUAUAAUAUUAUCUGUUUUGAUCCACAUUGGUUACACAGGCAUGGUUAAGGGAAAAGUCAUAUUGUGAAAAGUCUUCUGACAGUUAUUAACAAGGCAUUUGUUUUCUUAAACUUGACUUUUUUGAGGGGGCCGGGGGCAUUCGCAUUUACAAACUAGCAGGUAGCUAGCUACCGGAAAUUCAAAAACAUUUUCCCAGAUUAGUUUGGUACUUUUGAUUUUCAAGGAAAGACUCUCUGCCCCUAAAGUAGUAGUUCAGCUGCUAGAUUAGAACCCAAAGAACAUCUUCUGAAGAGACCCUACUUGCUCUUAAGUUUUGUUUUUUUUAAUGGAUGUGGACCAUUUACUACCACCUUCAACUUUGUCAUGGUUUUUCCCUUUGCUUUUAAAUUAAAGCAAAUUGAAUAUGCCAAUGGGAAUCAAAAGUCAAGAUGAUUUGAUUCUCAUUAAGAUCAUUGUGUUUUUUGAAAAUUGCUGUGAGAUCCAGUUGGUCAGUUAUGUAUUUAAAUCCUCAUAUGUUGAUUAAAGAUAGGUUCUCAUUUUUUAAAUUUUCUUAAAUAGGAUUCUCAUGGAGCUAUGUGUAGAUAACUGUACAGAAUCACUUUUAUGUAAUGAAUGAAGUGGUUUACCUCUGCAUGAUUGCAUUAUGGAAGCCUUUUAUAUAUCUUUAUAUUUUUCAAUAUACUUAGAUUUUACACUAUUAGCCACUCUAGUCAUGCUAUAUUUGUUUUUUUAAUAGAGUUUAUAAAUAUUUAUGCUCAAAGUACAGAUCAACUGAAUAUUUUUGGUCUUGUUUACAAGAUAAUACUUUAAAGUGAUACAGGCCCCUCAAGUGUCUUAGGAAAAAGUCGUUGGUGCUACAAAACCUUUCAUUAAUCAUUUUGAACCUGUUGUCUAGACUUUGCUAGGCUUUAAUCUGUGAUUGCUUAUGAUUUAUUCUAAUCUAGCAGCAUAAUUAUAAAAGUGGUUCACGCUGAGUCAAGUAAAGAGCCCAGCCUAUUUGAAACACCUCAUAAGUUAAGGAAAUGGUACAGAAUGACUGUACACUUAUUUGUGCCCAGCUUCCCCUAAAAGAUUAUUUUGAUAAGAAGGUUAUUAAUUUGACUAAAAUUUUAAAAAAUGUAUUCAGCAUGGCUGUUUUCUCAUAUGUCAAUUGGAAAACGUCUCUAGUACUAAAAUAUUAUGUAAUCUUACUCUGCUUCAAGUUGCCUUCUUUCACUCAACAGUAGGCAGAGUAAUUCUUGACUAUUUGCAGAAUACUUGAUGAGUUAUUAAGAGAUGUAUUAUUACAUUGUACAAGUUUUGCAUUGAUGUGUAGAGUUUUUGUUUUGUCCCCAAAUUUUAUUCCAGCACCUUAGUGAAUGUUCUUAAGAUACUAUUGUUAAGUAUCAGCAAAGCAUUCAUAUAUGUUUACUUUUGAUUCUCAGAAUCCUGAACUUGUUUUGAGUGGUACUACUUCAGAACAUACUGUCUGGCACAAGAUUUCCUUUAACAAGUGGUUUGUUUUAACUUAGUUUCUGUGGACUGCUGAAUCUAAAAACACCAAAGGAGUUUUUUCUUGUCUGAAGACUGGAUUGUUCCAGUGUUUAAUACCUGUGCCCAUAAGUAUCCCAUUUCAUGAAUGUGUGUUGGCAUGGGGAAAAAUAUUCCCUGCUCUUUGAGUGGAGCGAAAGUAAUUGGUUAAGCUGUAGCAGCUUUUUGUUUAUUUUUAAAGUGAUAAUAAAACUUGAACUUAAAAAAGGCAAAACUUGAACUAGAAACUACUCUUGUAUGCUUAGAAUGUUUAUAGUAUUACAUGGUUUAUGUGGGGUUGUCAACAUUUUUAUUAUUUAUAGUUGAAUUAUGUUUUGUUUGUUAAAUAUCCAUAAUGUUUAUUAUUUUUAUAUUUCAAAAAUUUUAAAAUAAAAUAGUCUUACUAAAAACAGUUGUUAACGUUUAGAAUUGUCCUACAUCUUGCAUCAGCUGUAUUAUUAUGAACUAGAAAGAUAUGUACCCGAUGGGCAUUAACAGUUGAGAAUUCUGAAAAUUGUCUGUACAAAGAAAUGGCUCCACAUUUUCUCUUGCUUCUUCACCCUUAUUCUUAUUUUUUUUAAUUUAAUUUUGGUUCUGGUGUGUUGAUAGCUUAAUAACUCCUCUCACAUAUGCAUACAUAAAUUUUCAUUACCCUUUUCCUCUCUAGUUUCUGCCUCUUCACUGGUGGAAGUUUUCUCUAUUCAUUUAUGGCCAACAAUUUAGGAGUGAUAAGUAUAGAAAUACUAUUAUGUCAAAGGAGGAAUUCCAUGGAUUUCUAAAAGUGAAGUAUCAAUCCCCGAGGCCAUUGAAAGCUUUCAAAUUUCUCUAACUGAAUUUUCACCUGAAGUUUUUUCCCUUCUGAUCUGAUUUGGCUUACUUUCCCAGCAUUUAGCAUGUUCAUUUCAUAUUUAAUUUUAUCAAAAGGAUUUUAUAAAAACUCUGCAAAAAUGCAUUUUCAUCUCACUGUUUCAAUAAAAAAAAUCUAAAGAGAUAA